AUGAAAGCCAUCGCGCGCAGCUACGUGUACUGGCCUGGCAUCGACAAGCAUAUAGAAGAUUUCGUCAAGCAGUGUAAGGAUUGUGCAGCAGUUGCUAAGUCUCCACCACACGCACCACCGGAGGCAUGGCCAACUCCAGCAGGACCUUGGCAGCGUAUACACAUCGAUUAUGCGGGGCCAAUCGACGGUCUGUAUUUUCUGAUCAUCGUUGAUGCGUUCUCUCGAUGGCUAGAAAUCUAUCCUACGGUUACAACUACGGCAAAAGCAACGAUCCAGUUCCUCCGUUGUACUUUUUCACGUCUUGGACUACCUUGCACCAUUGUCUCAGACAAUGGAUCGCAAUUCGCUAGCGAGGAGUUCGAGUCUUUCUGCAACAUUAACGGAAUAACUCACAUCUUUACUGCGCCCUACCACCCUCAAUCAAAUGGGCAGGCAGAACGUUUCGUAGAUUCAAUGAAGCGGGCGAUGAAGAAGAUCAACAAGGGAGAACCCCUGCAGGAGACACUUGAAGUUUUCCUUGCAACAUACCGUUCCUCACCUAGCAGAACUACCGAUCAGAAAUCACCUAGUGAGUUGAUGUUGGGUAGACGGAUGCGAACAACGCUGGAUUUGCUUCGACCAACACAAAUUGCGGAAACUGUGAAUGUCAACAGCCAGCAACGACAGUUUAGCAACGGCGAUUUGGUCUACGUGCAGGUGCAUAAGCGAAACGAUUGGUACUGGGAACCGGGUAACGUCAUCGAAAGAAUUGGAUCCGUUAACUACAAUGUUUGGCUCUGUGGUAAACGAUCCGGUUUAAUCCGAAGUCAUGUCAACCAGAUUCGUCCACGAUACGACAGUGCAAAUACGGAAGCGGAGUUGCUCAACAAACACUUACCGCUGAGCGUUUUGCUAGAAGAGGUCGGUAUAAAACAACAACCGACUGAACCAUCACCAGAAGCAGUAGAUGAGCGUGCACAAGAACAGCUGAACCCAGAUCCUGGUCCGGAUCGACCGUCAGUGGCAAGUGCAGCACCAACGAGAAGUCGCAUUCCAACGUCAACAGCUACGUAUACUUCCAGAGGACGAGAAGUUCGCUUGCCGGCUCGCUUCAAUCACUACGUGAUGUCUUAA